AUGCUUCGAAAUCUAUUCCGUGAACGCGCACAAGCUCGACGUUUUACAAUCAAGAACGAACAGAUUUUCGUUCCCUUUCGUUUGACUCCAGAAGCUCAUCAAGAAAUUGCAAGCGGUAUGCUCAAUGGGAAAACGCCUGUGUUCCACGAACGGCAUAUGUACUUUAUCGAUUUCAAUUCUUUAAAUUAUCCACAACCGGUAUACAGCAAUAUUAUACGAGAUCCUAUGCGAAGAGUCGCGUCAAGAAUACUAUUGGGCACGUGA